AUGAUCUUGCUCAGCCGCUCCCGCCCCGCCAUACCCAUUCCAUUUCCGCGCUCCCUGCCACCCCACUCCGGCUCGGGGCGCGCCUGGAGGUUGACUCCAGAGCAGAAGGAUGCGAUCGAGAAGUGGAUCAACAUGAGCGAGUCCGACAAGAAAGGGCUCAUCUUGUUGAACGUCUUGGUGUGCAUCGUCUUUGUCGGCCUGGCGCUCGCGGCCUCCAUCCUGUUCAUCAUCCACUUCGAGAUUAACCCCUUCGACAUGGACACAUGGAGAAACCUUCCGCAGACGCUGCAAAAGGUCUCCAAGUCCUUCAACAGCAUGCACCUGCAGACGAAGCGAUCCCCGCGCAGCGCCGAGCUGUGA